GAGCGGAACUAAGAUUUCCGCAUUGUUUAUACGCCGCAAGUAAACACCGAACAUGGCAAGCGGUUUGUUUUGGUUGUCAAUAUUGUUUAGUUUAGCUGUAAAUAUAUCUGCAGGGGAAAUUAAUGAUGAUCAGGAGAUAUCACACGCAUGUUUUAAACCCAUCGAGGACAGCAGACCAUCAUUUAUAAGGACAUAUCCCAGACCUCAUGAACAUAUAAAUGCUUCUGAUCUCCCGGCAUCCUGGGAUUGGCGCAACAUUGAUGGCAAAAACUAUGUGAGCAUCACACGCAACCAGCACAUUCCUCAGUACUGCGGCUCGUGCUGGGCCAUGGGCGCCACCAGCGCGCUCGCAGAUCGCAUUAACAUCAAGAGAAAGGGGGCUUGGCCAUCUGCUUACUUGUCUGUGCAGAAUGUGAUUGAUUGUGGAGAUGCGGGGUCAUGCUAUGGCGGUAAUGAUCUGGGUGUAUAUGCAUAUGCACACCAGCAGGGCAUUCCCGAUGAGACCUGCAAUAAUUACCAAGCCCGCAAUCAAAAAUGUAAUUCAUUUAACCAAUGUGGCACGUGUUCGUUCUUUGGUUCCUGCUCCAUUAUAAAAAACUACACAUUGUGGAAGGUUGGAGACUACGGGACGGUCUCUGGACGGGACAAAAUGAAAGCUGAGAUCUACAAAAAUGGACCAAUAAGCUGUGCAAUAAAAGCCACUAAAGGCCUGGAGGCAUAUAAUGGAGGGAUUUUUGCAGAAUUUCACAUACUGCCUAUUUCAAACCACAUCAUCUCAGUGGCAGGCUGGGGCGUAGCAGAGGAUGGAACUGAGUAUUGGAUUGUCCGCAACUCCUGGGGCGAAUUUUGGGGUGAGUCGGGCUGGGCCAGAAUUGUCACCAGUGCAUAUAAGGGUGGGAAAGGCAACUGGUUCAACCUCGGCAUCGAGGCAAGGUGUGCGUAUGGGGACCCAAUAGUGACGUAAAACAGAAGGGGGAAAUCUGAAACAAUUGACUCCAUGUUCUUCAUAAUAGGGGAAGUGGAAUCAAAUACUUUGCCAAGCACGAACAGAUGGCAGUGACUGUGAACCUGUUAUUUGUAAUUGUGAUGAAAUGUGCAGUUUUUUAUGGUUUUAAAUCAUUAUUGAAAUAUUAAGAUGGGAGAUUUGUCAUAUUAGGCUCUUACCUCAGAUGUAUUGAAGUGCUUUCAUCAUGCACUAUUAUUUUAUUCAUUUUGCCAAUUUUUUUAGUGUGUUUUUAACUCUUAAAUAUUUAUCAUAAAUUAAAACAAUAAAAAUAAGUAGUCCUCGUUGUUUUCUUAAUACAAAAUAUAAUUUCUUAUACACUUUAAGAAUGCUGUGUUGUUUUAACAUAUGAUUGGGGGAAAUAUGGACGAACCCAACCGUUGUUUUUAGGUAAGAAAUCACACAGAAGGGGCUUAUUUUGCAAUAACCAAUGGCUGCCUGUACAUUAUCCCGCUUAUUACAUGACUAUUUGCCUCAUAAGUAAAGUAGUGAACAUUAAAUAUUUAUUUUAAAUAUUUUAUUUUCUCAUUUUAGGUAAGACAAGACAUUCAUAAGUCCCAAACACACUAUUUGGUUUAAUCAUUUGCAAAUAUAAUGUCACAUAUGUAAUUAAAAGACAAAUUUAUAUGAUUUUUUGUGUAAUAAAAAUGCACCUGUCAAAAUGAUUUGCAGCAUCCAGAUUACAGUGUGUUAGUAGUUUUGAACAGUUGUUAUCUGGGAAUAACAAACCUACAAAUGUCAUGACUGGCCAAUCAGAAUAAAGCAUUCCAACAAGUGUA